AUGUCUCAGUGGAAUCAAGUCCAACAACUGGAAAUCAAGUUUUUGGAGCAAAUAGAUCAAUUCUAUGAUGACACUUUUCCCAUGGAAGUUCGACAUCUCCUGGCCCAGUGGAUUGAAGGCCAGGAUUGGGAAGCUGCUUCAAACAAUGAGAACAUGGCAACAAUUCUCCUACAAAACCUGCUAGUGCAACUGAAUGAGCAGUUGGGUCGAGUUGCCCAAGAGAAGAAUCUACUCCUGAUACAUAAUUUAAAAAGAAUCAGGAAACUACUUCAGGGGAAAUACCAUGGAAAUCCUAUGCACAUAGCAGUAGUUAUUUCCAAUUGUUUAAGAGAAGAAAGAAGAAUAUUGGCUACAGCCAACAUGCCUGUACAGGGGCCCCUGGAAAAGUCCUUGCAGAGCUCUGUGGUUUCAGAAAGGCAAAGAAAUGUAGAGCACAAAGUGGCUGCCAUCAGAAACAGCGUACAAAUGACAGAACAAGAUGUCAAGUAUUUAGAAGAUUUGCAAGAUGAAUUUGACUACAGGUAUAAAACAAUACAGACCAUAGACCAAGGUGAUAAAAACAGUAUUCUCGUGAAGCAGGAAGUUUUGACAUUGCAAGACAUGCUCAAUACACUAGACUUCAAAAGAAAGGAAGUCCUCAGCAAAAUAACACAAAUAAUAAGUGAAAUUGAGACCUUGAUGAACAACAUGCUGCUAGAAGAACUGCUUGAUUGGAAGAGGCGUCAGCAAAUUGCCUGCAUUGGCGGUCCAUUGCAUAGUGGCCUUGAUCAGCUUCAAAACUGUUUUACCCUGUUGGCAGAAAGUCUUUUCCAAGUCAGAAGGCAGAUGGAAAAGCUAGAUGAGCAGUCCACCAAAGUGUCGUAUGAAGGGGAUCCUAUUCCAUUGCAAAGGUCUCAUUUGCAAGAACAAGUCAACUUCUUGAUCUACAACCUUUUCCGAAACUCAUUUGUGGUUGAACGACAGCCAUGCAUGCCAACCCACCCCCAGAGACCACUGGUACUUAAAACCCUCAUACAAUUCACUGUGAAACUAAGACUUCUGAUUAAAUUGCCUGAACUGAACUAUCAGAUAAAAGUUAAAGCAACUAUUGAUAAGAAUGUUUCAACUGUAAGCAACCGUAGGUUCAUCCUUUGUGGCACACAUGUCAAAGCCAUGAACAUGGAAGAAUCUUCCAAUGGUAGUCUCUCAGUGGAAUUUCGACACUUGCAACCAAAGGAAAUGAAGUCCAGCGCUGGAGGCAAAGGAAAUGAGGGUCCUCAUAUGGUAACUGAAGAACUUCAUUCUAUAAGCUUUGAAACACAGAUCUGCCUGUAUGGUUUGACUAUAGAUCUGGAGACAAAUUCAUUACCUGUUGUGAUGAUUUCCAAUGUUAGUCAAUUACCUAAUGCUUGGGCUUCUAUAAUUUGGUACAACUUAUCAACCAAUGACUCUCAGAACUUGGUUUUCUUUAACAACCCUCCAACAGCUGCUUUGAGUCAGUUGUUAGAAGUGCUGAGCUGGCAAUUUUCAUCAUAUGUUGGACGGGGUCUCAACUCAGACCAACUCAGUAUGCUGGCUGAGAAACUCACAGUGCAACAAGCUAGCUACAAUGAUGGUCAGCUCUCUUGGGCCAAGUUCUGCAAGGAGCACUUGCCUGGCAAGGCAUUUACCUUUUGGGUAUGGCUUGAAGCAAUCCUGGAUUUAAUAAAAAAGCACAUUCUUCCUCUUUGGAUUGAUGGGUAUGUAAUGGGCUUUGUAAGCAAGGAGAAGGAGCGUGUCUUGCUGAAAGAUAAGAUGCCAGGAACAUUUUUAUUGAGAUUCAGUGAGAGCAACCUUGGAGGUAUUACCUUUACCUGGGUGGACCAGUCAGAAAAUGGAGAAGUUAGAUUCCAUUCUGUAGAGCCCUACAAUAAAGGCCGUUUAGCAGCUCUGCCAUUUGCUGACAUUCUUCGAGACUACAAAGUUAUUAUGUCUGAAAAUGUCCCUGAAAACCCACUGAAGUAUUUAUAUCCUGACAUUCCCAAAGAUAAAGCAUUUGGUAAACACUACAGCUCUCAGCCAAAUGAAGUUUCAAGACCCACUGAAAGAGGUGACAAGGGUUACGUUCCCUCUGUAUUUAUCCCUGUCUCAACAAUCCGAAGUGAUUCUACUGAGCCACGCUCUCCAUCAGACCUCCUUCCCAUGUCUCCAAGUGUAUAUGCAGUGCUGAGAGAACACCUGAGCCCCACAGUCAUUGAAACUGCUAUGAGCUCUCCAUGUUCUGCUGACUGAUGAAAUAUUCUUUGGUGCCUAAAAGAACUGGGAAAUUUUUGAAAAGUACUAUUUUCUAAAAUGCAUCUACAUACAUUUUUCAAUAGGAACCAAAUAGCAAGUUUACAGUUCCAUAAAUAAAGGUUUUCUGGAAGGCUGACACACAGAGCUCCUCUCACCAAUAUGGCCCCCAAUUUGGGAGCAGCACACUUGAAAUUUUGAAAAAAACAAACUUCAGCAAAUGAGAUGAGACAAUUUUAAGAAACCAGGGUGUUAACACUGUAAGCUGUUCUCAGUGUUGUUCUGUAUACUAUCCACUUAUUUCUGCUUCUUAUUUCUUUCAUCAACCAAUCAGCAAGCAUUUCUUGAGUGCCCACCAGUGCUAGGCACUGGGAAGAAAAGGGUGAAAGUGAGACAAACCUUGUCCUCAAAGAGCUUAUAUUACCUACUUUCUAGCACACCUGCUGGCCCAGGUGUGUCUAUGUCUGUUUGGGCUAUUCCCCAUUCUCCACCCUAUGGGAACUUUACAUGUUAGGAUUUUCUUUCUGGAAAUUUAUCUUUGUCAUGGCUUCAGGACUUCAGAUAAGGGACAGUUCUUCAAUGGCCUAUUCUCAUGCUUGUACUAAAUCAGGUUACAGUUUUUACUUGUUGUUAGAACAAUUCCUACAACUACUAUUUGUAGGAUAGGAUAAAUACAGGUUAUAGUUCAAUCCCUGGUCUAGGAUAAAUUUUUAUUUUGUUUAGUCUCAGAUAGUCAAUGUAGUUGUACUUUUAAUCCCAGAGUAAAGAGCCAUUUGCCAAAGGGGGCUUUCCAAGCUCCAGAAGUCCUCUACACAAGAUCUAAUGGAUAUUUUAUUGAAAGGGACUUUUCUGCUCACCCCAGGAGCACACUUAAUGAAUCAACUUGGAAUGUGGUGGGAGAGGCAUUUUGCUCAUGCUUUUUCCAACCCUGUCAUGAUCUUUGGUUCUAAAAAGGUCUCAAUACAGGGGUAGUGAUCAGCAUCACUCAUUCCAUUUGUUUGUAAGGGCUUGAGAGAAAAAAAAAACCAUGAAAAUGAAGUUCACAUUUUAAAGAUUUAUCAUAUUCUCACCUUUUACCCCCAUCACAAUUCAAUACAGCUAUUUCUUCAUUUAUUUUUUUACUUGUAGAAUCCAUGGAAAAAUAUAUUAAUCCAUUUUUUGGUAAUUAUUCAGUCGGAAUUCUAUGUAGGUAUUCUGGGGGAUGAGGCAUAAUUUCUCUAGGA